GUCCGAGACUUGCAUACUCUGUUGGUGCCAAUUUUACUCCCCAUGUGAUCACUGUCAAUGCUGGAGAGGACAUUACGAUGAAGGUCAUGUCUUUCUCUCAGCAAGAAUCCCGAGCUAUUUGUAUUCUUUCUGCAAAUGGCACGAUUUCAAAUGUUACACUUCGACAGGCAACUUCUUCUGGAGGUACCUUAACGUAUGAGGGUCGUUUUGAAAUACUCUCAUUGACUGGAUCGUUUAUGCCGACACAGAAUGGAGGUACGAAGAGCAGAUGUGGUGGGAUGAGUGUCUCGCUGGCAGGUCAAGAUGGUCGAGUUGUGGGCGGAGGACUAGCUGGUUUGUUGGUAGCAGCUGGUCCUGUGCAAGUUGUGGUUGGUAGUUUCCUUCCGGGUCACCAGCAAGAACAGAAGCCAAAGAAGCCGAGGAACGAAUCCACAACCAUUUUCUUUCCUCCCAUCAACACCAUCACUGGUGAAGAGACGAAGGCGAUGUACGGCGGUGGUGUCAAGCCCGUUCUCACGACACCGUCCUACCAAGAACAUAACUCACUGUCACCAAACCCAGUCACAGGCUUCAAAUUAUCCUCCACUGACAACUUACCUUUGCCUGACAAAGAACCCAAAACACAAAGUCAAUCGAACUGUGAGGUUUCUUUCGCUUCAAAGUAGUUUUCGUCAUUCUUCUCCGUAGAUUUCGUAGUGCCUAACUCAACUCGACCCAUUUCGACACCGAUUUAAGCCCUCUCUGGCUGGUGAUCAACAAAUUAUUUGGGUCCUCACGUAAUCUUGUGCUCUUUUCCAUUAGGUAAUAGGUGCCAUGGAGUCCAUUAGGCUUCUUUCUGAUUCUUGCUAUCAAGUGUCCUUUUACAGGCUCAAAUGAAUGAAUUUCCAUGGUUGCUACUGGCUAGUUAAUAGGGUGAGCAAGAUAAUAGAGUCAUCAAAACAGGUAACAUGAGUGAGAGCCCCGACCAUAGCAGCUUUAGAAAAUUCACUCUCAACUUUGGUAGUAACAAAAAAACUUCUAGAUUUGUAAAAGACUUGAGAAACAUUGUUUUCCACUUUCAUUCCAUGUGCUUUCUGUAUUAGAAUUGUCGUAUUGAUUGAGAUCAUUUGAAGAUCAACUUCAGUAGCACUUUUGAAGGUACAUCAAACUAGGGAUUACUUAUAAA